GCAUUAUAGAAACAGCCAUCAUGUCUCUAUCCAUUUCUUCACAUGUAAACACUCAAUACCCUCCAAACCUAUGCCGAGAAGAUUACUAAUUUACUACAUGUACCUGUCACUUUAUUUGCAAUUAUAAAUCUGAACAUGACUUUUUUGAUUUUGGAGUUAUAUAUAGAUAUACUUCUCCACAUGACUUUCCACCAUGCCUCAGCAAUCUUGUUUCUUGUUUCUUGAAAACUCUCAACCUUCUGCAUCUUCUGACAUAUUCUUUAGGUUUUCUUGUUCAUUCUUUUUUGAAGAAGAGCUUGCUGGCUAGCCAGGGAGUUGAUCAUAUAAAUAAAUAUAUAUAUAUGGCUGAUUCAUAUGAUGAAGAGUGUGAUUAUCUUUUUAAAGCAGUUCUUAUUGGAGACUCUGCAGUUGGGAAAUCAAAUCUUUUAUCAAGGUUUUCCAGAGACGAAUUCCGGUUAGAUUCAAAGCCAACUAUAGGGGUUGAAUUUGCUUACCGGAAUAUAAGAGUUGGUGAUAAGCUCAUCAAGGCUCAAAUAUGGGACACCGCUGGCCAAGAAAGGUUUAGAGCUAUCACCAGUUCUUACUACCGUGGGGCUCUAGGUGCGUUGCUAGUUUAUGACAUUACAAGGAGAGCAACGUUUGACAAUGUGAAAAAAUGGUUGCAUGAGCUAAGAGACUUUGGUAGCUCAGAUAUGGUUGUUGUUCUUGUCGGAAAUAAAUCUGAUAUUAGUCAUCUUAGAGAAGUUGAUGAAGACGAUGGUAAGAACCUCGCAGAGACCGAAGCUUUGUAUUUCAUGGAAACAUCAGCGUUGGAGAAUUUGAACGUGGAGGAAGCUUUCAUGCAAAUGAUCACCAGAAUCCAUGAAAUCGCAAGCCAAAAAAGCUUGGAGGCUAAGAAGAAUGAAACAACAAUUUCUACCACAAAGGCUCUUCCAGCAGGAAAAGAAGUGAUUAAUAUUGAUGAAGUAUCUGCAACUAAACAAGCUAGUUAUUGCUGUUCAUAUUAAUAUUUAUGGAUAGAUAAUAACUAGAGAAAUUAAAGUUUUGGAAAAUGCCUCUCAAGUUGUUUAUUUUUUAACAUUUUCUUUUCUUUUGUUCUUUCAUUUGUUUGAUAGUUAAUUCGGUCACUAAGGGGCAAUUAAUGAUAAGCAAAACAUUGAAUAUGAUGAUGAUGAUGAU